UCCUUUCUCUUCAGUGUAAACGGAAGUGAACUGACCAAGAACAAUUUCCACGUUAGCGUUAUUGUUGUAAUUUAGACGUUUAUUAACACCAUGGAACUCAAAAUAUGACUCGUUUAACUGCACUACAUCAUAUACUUACACCAGGCAGCGUUUAAUUCGCGUUGAAGACAGGACUUAGAUGUUAUCAAGAUAACGCUAGCUAGCUGCUAACAAUGGCUAACUGCAUGGUUUUUCACACUCAAAUAGCCUCCAUCAUGGAGGUACUAGCGAAUGCAGCCGUGGCAGACAUCUGUAAACUCGUAGAUGACGACUAUGCAGUGUUUCGUUUGGAAAUAACUCAAAGCCAGAAAGAAAACAGGGCAUUACGGAGGAAACUACAACUACUGGAACUGAAGAUGACACGGGAGCGCGCAGAGAGGACAAUUAGAGAGCGCGUCCUCGCCAGUCGUCCUAGUAGUGUCAAGAUUCUCGACCAAUACAAAGGAAUGGCAAGAGGACAUCUCAUUGGAGACCACAGGAGCUUUGUGAAGCCAGCGGGACACAAUACAUGGAGAGGUGACCAACAAAUCACUGUUGAUGAGGGGAAUGGAACCUCAACCCAGCAUGUUAUCAUGAUAGAGGCUGGAGGUCCUGAAGUCAAGCACGAGCGGACUGAAGAAGAGGAGGACCCACGGCACAGCAGAGACAUCCAGACUGGAGUGCUUGAAGAGCCCCUUGUAGCCACGGAGGACCCUACCACUGCCACAGCGCAGCCCAGGACCCAAUGCAGCAUCACGGAGGUCAGUGGAACGCCGAACGCCGUCCUCAAGUCAGAGACCGACACCAAGACUUUAACUGUAACACACAGGCUCUUACACACAGGAUCUGAUCAUAGAUCAGACCCAGAGAGACUGGUGGUGGGGCCACUGGACUGUCCUCCUGCUCCUGGCUCAGAGUAUUUACCAGUAUUUCACCAGAGCCAGAGAACGGUUCAUUCCCGUGGAGAUGGUGAUGCAUCAUACCCUGACGUUGAUGAUCCGUCUUGCUCUUAUGCUACAGAGAUGGAACCUGGCAACAUGCCCUUGGGUUUAGAUACACAGACUGAUCUGUCUAAAGGGGACUGGAACCAGUACAGUAGUAGUGUAUACUCUGAAGGGUGCCUAGAUAAGAAAGGGGAGGGUCUGGUCACAGAUGAAGUGACUGUGAAAGUGGAGGGUGACGUUCCUCAAACAUGGAAUGCCGAUAGUCACCUUGGAGACAGACACUCACAGGGUAGAGAUUUCUUAGAUUACAGAGAAAGCUUAGAGACAACUCAAAAUGUCGCAACUAACUCCCUUUUACACACGUUCAGGGAUCGUGACCCAGUGUCCACAUCGAUGGGGCCUUCUGAUUCGUAUGGCCAAAUCCUUUUCGAUCAGGUAUUGAACUCAAACGACAGGGCUAGAGCCCAGGCUCAGGGAGGGGGAGCCACAUCAGGCAAUGUUAAAGAGAAACGGUUCCUCUGCAUGUUCUGUAACAAAGGCUUUAGCUGCCCCCAGACGGUGGAGGUGCACCAGAGGAUCCACACAGGGGAGAAACCCUACAGCUGUACCCAGUGUCACAUGCGCUUUGCCCAGUCUGGCAGCCUAAAGAGGCACCAGAGGGUCCACACAGGUGAGAAACCCUACAGCUGCCCCCAGUGUGAGAAGAAGUUCUCCCACCAGCACCAUCUGAAGACGCACCUCAAGAUCCACCAGAGGAUCCACACGGGGGAGAAACAGUUUGGCUGCCCCUUGUGUGAGAAGAGGUUCUCCCACCAGCACCAGCUGAAGAUGCACCUGAAGGUCCACACGGGAGAAAGGCUGUUCGUCUGUAUGCACUGCGGGAAGAGUUUCUCAGAGAGGAGCAACCUCAUGAUACACCAGCAGAAAAUGCACACAGUCCAUGUAUUGACUAUAGUGAUGUAGUACUAGUUAGUUUGUAGUUAAUUCUGUUGGUUUUGGAUGUAUAGGGAACUGGGUGAGGAGAACUGAGGAAAUAAUGAGUAUGAUGAGGCAGAGUAGAUGAUAUGGUGAUGGUGUCUAAAAAUGCUUCACUGAUGAAGAGUGGAAACUUUGUCCCUUUAGAUACUGGUCGAGGGUAACAGAUUUCUAGUGCAAACAUAGUGAGACGUUAUUCACCUUGACAUUAUUUCGUGCAAUAAAAGUACUGUACUGCAAAGUUGUUAGUGUAUGACCAUUUUGUUCAAAUUAAAUACAAAGUUGACUCUG